AUGGUUGGUGUGAAGAACCUUCUUAGUGGUGCUUGGCUCUUGGCCUAUGGUGCUUUCUCCAAAUCCGCCUCUACAGCCUCGGGCUCCCAUUCUGCCGCUUCUCCAACUUUUUCGGGAAAAUACACUCAAUUUACCAUUCCCGCUAGCGCUGAGGCUGGCGCACAGCUGAUCGCCAAUAUAGAUGACCCUGAAGCCGUCGAUGCGCAGUCGGUUUGUCCCGGGUACAAGGCAUCCAACGUCAAGGAGUCUGCUCGUGGGGUGACCGCUACCCUGACGCUGGCCGGAAAGCCGUGCAAUGUCUACGGCACUGACGUAGACUCCUUGGACUUUUCCAUUGAGUACCUCGCCAAUGACCGCCUCAGCGUUCAAAUCGUCCCCACUUAUCUGGAUUCUUCGAACUAUUCUUGGUUCAUGUUGGAUGAGCACGUCGUUCCUCGAUCCAUUUCCGAUCGUCAGGCUUCACAGCAACAUAGUGAUCUUGAGUUCACCUGGUCGAACGAGCCAUCUUUCCAUUUCAAGGUGAUCCGCAAGGCUACCCGUGAUGUCAUUUUCGAUACGACUGAUUCCGUCUUGGUGUUUGAAAACCAGUUUGUUGAGUUUGUUACCUCUCUGCCCAAGGAUUACAACUUGUAUGGCAUCGGAGAGCACAUCCAGCAGCUGCGCCUUUUGAACAAUCUCACUUUGACUCUCUAUGCAUCCGAUAUUGGUGAUCCUAUCGAUGACAAUGUAUACGGCUCCCAUCCUUUCUAUCUGGACACCCGCUACUAUGACGUUAACGACAAGGGUCAUCACACCGUCGUUGCAAGUGACAAGGCCGAUCAGUCUAAAGACUAUGUUUCCUUCUCUCAUGGUGUCUUCUCCAGAAACGCCCACGGUCAGGAGGUCGUCAUGAAUCCUGAGGGCCUGAAGUGGCGCACCCUGGGAGGUAGCAUUGAUCUCACUUUCUACUCGGGUCCUAGCCAAGCGGAUGUAACCAAGAACUACCAGCUGAGCACCAUUGGCUUACCAGCAUUGCAGCAGUAUUUUACCUUCGGCUUCCACCAGUGCCGCUGGGGUUACAAUAACUGGACUGAACUUGAAGAAGUUGUCUCCAACUUUGAGAAGUUUGAGAUCCCACUUGAGACUAUCUGGAGUGACAUUGAUUACAUGCAUGGCUACCGCGACUUCGACAAUGAUCAACACCGUUAUCCCUACAGUGAGGGUGAAAAGUUCCUAGAUAAGCUGCACAGCACUGGCCGUCAUUAUGUUCCAAUUAUAGACGCGGCUAUCUACAUUCCAAACCCCAAGAAUGCCUCUGAUGCCUACGAUACCUACACUCGCGGACACCAAGAUGACGUCUUCCUGAAGAAUCCCGAUGGAAGCGAAUACAUUGGCGCUGUCUGGCCCGGCUACACUGUCUUCCCCGACUGGCACAACCCUAAGACAGGUGAUUUCUGGGCGAACGAAAUCGUGACCUGGCACAAGAAAGUCGCCAUUGAUGGCAUCUGGAUUGAUAUGAACGAGGUUUCUUCCUUCUGCACUGGCAGCUGCGGAUCUGGAAACCUUAGCAUGAACCCGACCCAUCCUGCGUUUGCCCUGCCCGGAGAGCCUGGUAACGUUAUUUACGAUUAUCCCGAAGGGUUUGAGCUCAGCAAUAAGACUGAGGCUGCGUCUGCAUCUGCGGCGUCGUCCAGCCAGGCUGCUACCGCCACAACUGGCGGUUCUACCUCCUCGUCCACCUCUUACCCGCGGACUAUACCCACUCCGGGAGUACGGAACAUCAACUACCCGCCAUAUGUGAUCAACCAUGAUCAGGACGGCCACGACCUCAGCUCACAUGCUGUGUCCCCUAAUGCCACUCACUCCGAUGGCGUCCAAGAAUACGAUGUGCACAACCUCUUCGGACACCAAAUCCUCAAUGCCACCUACCAUGCCCUGCUCAAGGUCGAUGAAAAGAAGCGUCCCUUCAUCAUCGGCCGCUCAACAUUCGCAGGCUCCGGUAAAUGGGCUGGCCACUGGGGUGGUGAUAAUGCCUCUAGGUGGGCAUAUAUGUUUUUCUCCAUUCCCCAAGCCCUCUCAUUCUCCCUCUUCGGAAUCCCUAUGUUCGGCGUCGAUACCUGCGGCUUCAACGGCAACACCGACGAAGAACUCUGCAACCGCUGGAUGCAAUUAUCGGCCUUCUUCCCCUUCUACCGCAACCACAACAUCCUCUCCGCGAUUUCCCAAGAGCCCUACAUCUGGGAAUCCGUUACAGCCGCCACCAAAUCCGCCAUGAAGAUCCGUUACGCAAUCCUCCCCUACUUCUACACCCUCUUCCACGAAGCCCACACAACCGGCUCAACCGUCAUGCGCGCCUUAGCCUGGGAAUUCCCUACAGAUCCCUCCCUGGCCGCAGUCGACACGCAGUUCCUCCUCGGCCCCUCAAUUAUGGUCGUCCCGGGUGUCUUCCCGGGCCUUAAGCACGGCGAGGUAUGGUAUGACUGGUACACCCAGACAGCCGUGGACGCGAAGCCUGGUGCCAACACUACCAUUCCUGCCCCGCUUGGCCAUAUCCCCGUUUUCGUGCGUGGAGGCAGCGUCGUGCCGAUGCAGGAGCCGGCUUUGACUACAAAGGAGGCGCGCGGUACGCCUUGGUCUUUGCUUGUCGCGCUCGGUGGCAGCGGAACUGCCUCUGGGCAGCUGUAUCUCGAUGAUGGAGAGAGUAAUGCUCCUGAUGAUACGCUUGAUGUUACUUUCAGUGUCAAGGAGUCCAGCUUGAGUGCUAGGGCAAAGGGUAGCUGGGAGGAGUUGAAUCCUCUCGCUACUGUUACUGUUCUUGGUGUGUCUAAGCAGCCUGAUGCUGUUAAUCUUAACGGUAUACCUGUGCCGGCUUCUGGGUUGCAGUAUAAUGCUACGUCGCGUGUGUUGUCUGUCGGCAGUUUGCAGAAGUUGACCAGAAAGGGUGCUUUUAGUGCGGACUGGACUUUGAAGUGGUAA